GAGACAGAAAGAAAGAGAGGAUUGCAUCAUCUUCUCUGGUUCUCUGCAACCCAGAAACUGAAAACUCCUGUGAUUUGAUUCUCUGAAUCCCUCCAAGGGGAUCAGAGGAUCACCUUUCCUGCCCCAAUCAGCAUUCAGCACACUCUCGACCUUUGGGCCCGGAAAGGUUAGAACUUUGGGUGAAUUGCAACUUUUCUGGAAAUGGGUGUCUCACAAAAUGAUAGUGACAUGGAGGGUUGGCUUUAUCUUAUGAGGCUCAACCGCCUUGGAAUGCAAUACUCUCGCAAAAUGUACUUUAUUCUUCAGGGGCAUUUUCUCAAGAGCUUCAAAUCCAAAUCCACUUCAGAAAAUCAGGAACCGGUUAGGAGUGCCAUAAUAGACAGCUGCAUUCGGGUCACUGAUAAUGGAAAGGCAACUGUUCAUAGAAAAGUGUUCUUUUCCUUUACCCUGUAUAAUUCUUCCGAUCCUGAUGACCAGCUCAAGUUGGGAGCAAGCAGUCCAGAAGAAGCAGCAAAAUGGAUUCGUUCAUUGCAGGAUGCGGCAUUAAAGGAAUUGCCUAAUCCAGCAAAGGAAUAUGUGGCUUGUUCUUCCGGGAAGAGAUGGUCACCCUUAAGACUGGUGGGCUCAAGAAGCACCUUGCGAGGUUCUAUUGACUGGACCUUUUGCCCAUUGGUGAACAAUGAAGGGAUGACAAAUGAUGUUAUUGCUCCCUCACCCUGGAAAAUAUUUGGUUGUCAGAAUGGAUUGCGACUCUUUAAAGAAGCAAAAGAUGGGGAUUCCCGUGAAAGGCAUUGGGAUGACCAUCCAGCGAUAAUGGCAGUAGGAGUGGUUGAUGGAACUUCAGAGGCCAUCUUUCGGACUCUUUUAUCUCUUGGUCCAUCGAGAUCAGAAUGGGACUUCUGUUUUUAUCGGGGUACUGUGAUUGAGAACCUAGAUGGUCAUACUGAUAUCGUUCACCAGCAGUUAUACAGUGAUUGGCUACCUUGGGGGAUGAAACGAAGAGAUCUACUGCUGCGUCGGUACUGGAGAAGAGAGGAGGAUGGCACAUAUGUUAUCCUUUACCACUCUGUGUCUCACAAGAACUGUCCAGCAAAAAGAGGCUAUGUGCGUGCUUGCCUUAAAAGUGGAGGAUAUGUUAUAACUCCUGUGAACCACGGGAAACAAUCACUUGUCAGACACAUGCUUGCCAUUGAUUGGAAAUUCUGGAAAUUAUAUCUACGUCCAUCAUCUGCAAGAUCCAUUACUAUCAGGAUGCUUGAGAGAAUUGCAGCAUUAAGAGAGAUGUACGGAGCAGAAGCUGGAAAUUGUUCCACUGAAUUCACAUCCAGAGUGUUUUCUAGAGAUAUCGGAUUAGCUCAUAGUGAGAAGGAGAUCACUAAGACAGAAUUUCACAGUAUGGAAGAAGUCAAAAAGCUAGAAGAGGUUAAUCUCAUGGAAGAUGAAGUGGAAAAACCGGGUCGCGCUAGUUUAAAGGGAAUGCAUGAUUCUGCAGAUGAGUUCUUUGAUGUUCCUGAACCAGCAGACUAUGACCAGUUCGAGAAUGAGUGGCCGUCAGAGUUUAUCAAGGAGCAGCAACCCACGAACACACACCACUCCAGAUUGUCUAACAGCAGCCGAUUUGUGAAAAGAAUUCACGAACUUAGAGUUCAAAAGAAGGGUUAUAUGGACUUACAAGAGGUGGCUAAGGAAGAUAACAUGUCAUGCUCAUAUGGAUCAACACUUCAAAAGGACCCAAAUUGUGCUUUACCUUGUAGCUGGGGAACAGCUGACCCUUCUUCGUUUCUGAUACGUGGGCCAAAUUAUUUACGAGAUCAUGAGAAGAUCAAGGCAAAAGGCACUUUGAUGCAACUGGUUGGUGUAGAUUGGCUAAGAUGUGGUGAGCGAAUAGAUAAUCUUAGCAGCCGAUUUGGUGGGAUUGUUCAGAAAUAUGCAGAACUUGGGGGACCAGAAUUUUUCUUUGUUGUUAACAUACAAUUCCCCGGCACAACCAUGCAUACCUUGGCAUUUUAUUACAUGUUGAACACUCCUUUGGAGGAAAACCCUUUACUACACAGUUUUGUCAAUGGUGAUGAUGCCUAUAGGAAUUCAAGGUUCAAGCUAAUACCGUACAUUUCUAAGGGUUCAUGGAUAGUCAAGCAGAGUGUUGGAAAGAAAGCCUGCUUGAUAAGUCAAGCUCUUGAGGUACAUUAUUUCCGUGGGAAGAACUAUUUGGAGCUCAUGAUCGACGUUGGGUCUUCAACUGUAGCAAGGGGGAUUGUCAAUCUUGUUCUUGGAUACCUGAACAAUUUGGUUUUUGAAAUGGCGUUCCUGAUACAGGCCAACACAGAAGAGGAACUUCCAGAAGUCCUUCUUGGAACAUGUAGAAUUAACCAUUUGGAUUCAUCCAAAUCAGUCCAGGUAAAACCAUGAUUUUCACCCAGAAAAAUCAGGCCAAAAGAAAAAAGAAAAAAGCAAGAAAAUCUCAUAUCACAUCAUCAGGUUGUUACCCAUUUGCCUCCCGAUCAAGGAACGAAAAUUGAUGUAAAGGUUCUAACAAAAUAGAAAAGAGAAAAAGGUAGUAAAGAAAGGUGCUCCAUGUUCUGGUAUGUAUCCAAGUGUACGUUUAUAGUCAUUUUCGUUCCCCCAUUCAGUCAAAAUUAGUCUUUAUUUUUAUUUAUUUUUCCAUCAAUGUAGAGCUCGUUAAGUCAUUUCAAUUCGUUCUUCA